UGACGAUAUAAAUUGCUUUGACUUGUUAAGUACUGUUCUGGAGAUUUCAUAAUUUUUUUUUUUUUACAGUUAUAUGUAUAUUAUAUUUGUUUGAUGACGUGGAAAUUUAGUAAUAUAUAGAAAGUGAAAUUAAGUUAUGUGUUUAGUAUAGAAUUGAAUUGAAAUAAAAAAAAAAUUUAACAAUGGCUGUGGUUGGAUCCAAUGAAGAAAUUAUAGAAAGAUUAAAAUUAAUUGAACCAGUUGAAAUUAAACCUGGAUUUUUACAUCUUGAACUAGACCCUUUAACAGAUUCUUUAAAAGAAAAAGCAAAAAAAGAAUUACGAGAAACACCAGAAAUUGUUAAGGAAGCACUUGCUGAAAUUAGAAAAUUAAUUCAAGAUGAAGCUGACCUAAUAGUUCCUGAUAAUGAUUAUUUUUUAACACAAUUUUUACGUCCAUGUAAAUGGUAUGCCAAAUCAGCUUUUGCACUGAUGAAACGUUAUUUUCGUUAUUUAAAAAAUCAUCCACGUUAUUGUGAAAAUUUAGUGCCAAAAAAUGAACGUGCUAUAUUUGCAACAAGAAUAUUAACACCACUACCAUAUCGUGCUAAGGAUGGUUCAAGGAUACUUGUAUUACAAGGUGGUAAAAUAUGGAAUCCCAAAGAAAUAUCUGUUGAUCAAGCUAUUAGAGGUGUUUUAAUAUUCAGUACAUUUGCCACCAGUGAACCAAUAACUCAAGUAAAUGGAGUUCGUUGUAUUGUUGACUUGGAUGGUUUUAGUUUGAAUCAAGUUUUUUAUUUUAAACCAUCACAUGCUGCUGUUCUUGCUGAAUGGUUUCAAACAGCAUUUCCCGGGCGUUUAAGAAGUAUCGAUAUUAUUAAUCAACCAUAUAUUUUUAACAUGGUUUUUGCAAUUAUUAAACCAUUUAUAAAUGAAAAAUAUCGAAAUCGUGUUAUUCUUCAUGGUCAUGAUAGAAAAGCUUUAAAAGCUUGUUAUGGUGUUGAAUCAUUGCCAAAACAAUUUGGAGGUGAAAUUGACUAUCAACUUUCUGAAUCACUUGAUGAUUCACUUUAUAAUUAUUUAUGCAACUUUAAUAAAGAAUUUGAAGAGUUGGAAAAAUAUGGAUAUUCAAAAGAAUCUUAAUUGAAAAUUAUUUUGAUAUUUUAUUUUUUAUAAUUAU